AUAUGUGUUUUAAAAUACACUGUAUAUCUGGAGAUAUCAAAUUUGGAAAUCACACUGUUUUCCUCUGUGUAAGUCAAUUUCACCAUCUUUAUUCUUCCCUUAUUCACAAGCUGAAUAAUUAUUUGUAGAGCACACAAUCUUGCAAUUACUGAUUACACCUGAUGCAGUGUGAAAUACUCUUAAGAAUCCAUGGCUAGAGAGAUGGUUCAGUAGAGAAAGUGCUUGCCAUGCGUGUGUCAGACUGGGAGUUUGGAUGCCCAGAAGUCACAUGAGGCCUGAUGGUCUCAUGUGCAUCUGUAAUCUUGAGGAACUUAGAGUGAGUUGGAAGGGAGACAGAGAAUCCCCCAAAUUUGACUCAAUAAUUAUUUGGGGGUGUGCAUUCAUGGACAAGACACAGCAACAAAAAAAAGGUUGAAGGUGAAGGUUGACCUUCCCCGCAGUUUGUACUCUAAUUGCCAAUCUAUGCACCCUGGCAUGCAUGUAUGUACCUGAAAUCACAUAUGCAUGCAAGUGCACUGCCCAUAACAUGCUAUGCACAUGUAUUUAAAGUAUCAGCUUCAGGUCAUUCAUUCAGAUCACUAGUAUGUUUGGGCCAAGUUAUCUGUUGGCAGGAGUGUGAGUAACAAGGCAGGGUUCAAGACUCUCCCAGGCAUUGCUGAAGAUCUCUUCAGAAUGGCCUUAUGGACAUGUUCUGCACAGACAUAAAGAGCCUCCUCAAUGAGUUCCACAAUGGUGCUGAAAACCAAGGUCGGUGGAAGCAAAGGAACAUCUGCCAAAGAGCCAGAACAGAGAAACAAAAAGCUUGUGAGAGUCAACACAGUGAAGAAAGACAUCCAGGAGAGCUACAAUCGAUACUUAAAAAGCCUGUCCAGAUCAGUACAGUGAAUGCAGGAACUGAACAGAAGACUCCAAUCAGCAAAGGAACAUCUGCCAAAGAGCCAGAACAGAGAAACAAAAAGCUUGUGAGAGUCAACACAGAAGUGCAACACAGUACUGAUCCAAAGCCUUUCUGCAAUGAAGAAAGACAUCCAGGAGAGCUACAAUCGAUACUUAAAAAGCCUGUCCAGAUCAGUACAGUGAAUGCAGGAACUGAACAGAAGACUCCAAUCAGCAAAGGAACAUCUGCCAAAGAGCCAGAACAGAGAAACAAAAAGCUUGUGAGAGUCAACACAGAAGUGCAACACAGUACUGAUCCAAAGCCUUUCUGCAAUGAAGAAAGACAUCCAGGAGAGCUACAAUCGAUACUUAAAAAGCCUGUCCAGAUCAGUACAGUGAAUGCAGGAACUGAACAGAAGACUCCAAUCAGCAAAGGAACAUCUGCCAAAGAGCCAGAACAGAGAAACAAAAAGCUUGUGAGAGUCAACACAGAAGUGCAACACAGUACUGAUCCAAAGCCUUUCUGCAAUGAAGAAAGACAUCCAGGAGAGCUACAAUCGAUACUUAAAAAGCCUGUCCAGAUCAGUACAGUGAAUGCAGGAACUGAACAGAAGACUUCAAUCAGUGAAGCUAUGCCUUUGAAGCAGAUGAAGUCUGUUAACAGAACAAAGUCUGCAGAGUUCCGUGAAGAAGUGGAUAACAAUAUCGAACAGAAGCCUUUAUCCAGGCUCUCUCACAAACCUGAUCCUGAUGUCCCUGGGACUACAAUAGAAGACAAUGACAGUACCUCUGUUGUUAAGAAAAUAACUCAAGACCAAGAAAAAACUAAAUGUGACAGUGAAUAUAAAACUGUCGGUCUUCAGCCUCCCUCUGAGGACGCAAUUGAAGAAAAAUGGGUACGGAUAGUUGCAACACAGUAUUCAUAUCUUAACCAGUACCUCAGAGAAAGAUUCAAGGAGAAGAUGAAAGAAGGUUUUGAAUCUGAUACAUCUGAUGACGAACUACUACCUAGUACCUCUGGAGGAAGAACACACUCAAUGCAGAAAAUGUCCUCAAAACAAGAAUACACAUCUACACAAUCAGAACAUUUCUCUGAAAAAAAGAGUAAGGAGGAGAUGUGGGCCCAGAUGAGUGCACACCAGUAUGCAUGUCUUAACGAAAUUCUCAGGAAAGAUUUCAAGAAGAAAAUGCGUAAAAUGUAUGAAAAGUCUGAAAGCAACAUCUGUUCUAACAGAGUGCCAAUUCCCAGUAAGCCCAAAGAGAAAGCAUACUUAAAGCAGAAAAUGACUGAAGAAAAGAAGAAACGUGAUGGACAAGAUGCACGUGUGCAUUCAAGACUUCCUUUGGUCAGGAGGAAGGAGGACGUGAAGGAGCAAGCUGAUUGGCACCACACACAACUGAAUGAACUCCUCAGAAAUGAUAUAAAGGAAUUAAUAAAGGAGGAAUUGGCUACAGGGCAUGCAAAGAUGAGGGAACUCCUCAGAAAGGAUCUAGAGGAAAUUAGGGGAAUACUCAAGAAGGAAUUAAGACAACUAUUUGUGGAGGAGAUGGCCCUGCUGCAAGAGCAGGAGCACUGGAAUCUGCAGUACCUGAAGGAACUCUUUAGAAGGGAAUUAAAAGAGAUGGUUCGGAAACAGGUUAAAAAUUCCAAAAUUAUCAUUUGUCCUAAAGAAGAGCCACUACCUGGUGCCUCUAAAGGAACUGCAGACUACCAGAGAACAUCUCUGGAACAAAGAAAAAAGAAAAAACAUGGAAGUGACCAUGACAGUGCCCCUUCACAUUCAGAAAAGCCCUCAGUGCAAACUGAAGAGGAAGUCAUUGGUGGGCAGAGUGAUUCCCGCCGUAUGCCUCUAAAGGAACUCAUUAAAGAAGAUUUAAAAGAAGCACUUUGUGAAAUACUUGAAAAAUAUAAAUGUGAUACAUGUAUGAAGAAAGAACUACCUCAUAUCCGUAAUGGAAGAAAACAACUAAGGAAAAUAUCUACAAAACAAGAGCUAAGGAAGAAAUAUGACAGUGAGUCCUUAUAUUCAGAGCAGCCUGCUACCAAGACAGUGAAGGAAAUGGAGCAUGAGCACAGUGAAUUGCAGCACGUGCAUCUUAAGGAACUCAUUAAAAAAGAUUUAAAGGUGAAAAUUUGUGAUGUGCUUGGAAAAUACAAAAAUGUUUGCCCUGAGAAAGAAGGACUACCUCGUGUCUCUAAGGGGAAAACAAGAUUAAAGAAAAUCACUGAAGAUCAAGAAAAGGAGAAGUGCAAUGUUGAAUAUGCAUCUUUAUGGUCAUGGCCUUCUGUGAAAACUGAUGAGGUGACAAUAGACCAGCAGAAUUCACUACAGUACAAACACCUUAAAAAGUACAUCAGAGAAAAUGUAAAGGAGAUGGUUCAUGAACAACUUGAAAAUGCUGAACUUAUUAUUCAUCCUAAGGAAGAGCCUGUACCUGAUGACUCUAGAAGAGAAAUAUCCACAAAGGUUAAAGAAAAGAAGUCAGGGUAUCUGCAUAUACCCGUUUUCGAGUCUUUUGAGCACAGAAUCGCUGCACUGCGGGCUACCGCACAUGUUGAACCAGCUCCUGCUGCCUGCCCUCGUGAUGCAGGUGACUUGGGUGACAUGGACAAGGCUUUCAAGGCUCAAUUGGCCCGUGCAGUUGCUUUGGCUGACAGCACUGAGCACCAAAGAUGGCAACCGCACACUGACCCUGAGCUUGCUCCUGGUCACCGCACUGGUGACGCCAGGGACCCUCCUCACAAUGCUGACCUGGCUCUUGACAAGCUCAGUAUUGAUCUAGAAUCUGCUCCUCUCUGUGGUCCCAGUGACACUAAGGAUCCUGCUAAUGACGCUGACCUAGCUUUUCACACUGCACAUCCAACUGGCCGCUUCAGACCAAGCAUGAGCACCAACAACAGGUCUGACCUAUACAUGGGUGAUAUACCAGAUUCUACAAGGGUAGUCUGGAGAUCUUACCAAGAAGCUUCCAGUAAAAAGAACGAUGGCCAGGUUGGUGCUGCAGUUGAUUGACAGUCCUUUGAAGCAGUCAAAUUGAUAUCUACAUUAGCAAGAAUUUUAAAACAUAUAGAAAUUCAAAAGAAAAAUAUUCCUCUGAAAGAGGACAUUCUAUAUAUUGAACUCUGUACACAAAUUUUUAAUGAUUUUCAAUUAAAAUAUACUAUGAAAAAUUUUAAA